CACCCUUCAGCCUUGGAAAUAUGCCGCUGUACCGCGUGUGUGGAAUAUUUGCACUCCUUAGCGUAUGUUUGAUUUCCUUCACACCGCCUUGUGAUGGGGGGAACAUCCUGGUGUUCCCUGCAGAUGGCAGCCAUUGGAUCAAUAUGAAGAUUCUUCUGGAGGAGCUUCAUGCCAGGGGACACACCAUGACUGUGAUCAGGGCGUCCACCAGCUGGUACAUUCCAGAAAAGUCUCCCCUGUUUACAUCAAUAACAUUUAAACUGGAUGAGGUAUUAGAAGACUUUUUUGAAUUGUACCUACAGGAGCAUAUGAGGCUGCAGAAAGAAAAGGGUUCAACAUUUGCAUUCUUCAAAAUCACCAAGGAUUUUAUGUCUAUGCUAUCUACAGCACAUUCAAUAUGGGCUGAGGCCCUUGGCAAAAUCCUUGAUGAUAAAACUAUGAUCAAAAGCUUAAUGGAUUCUCAGUAUGAUGUUCUUCUCACUGAUCCAGCCAUGGCACCAGGAGUGGUCCUUGCAAAGUAUCUCAAACUGCCCCUAGUGCUCAACGUUCGAUGGAUCACCAGUGGAGAAGGCCACUUUGCAAUCGCCCCCACUCCACUCUCUUAUAUCCCAGUGCCAGGAUCGGGUUUAACCGACAAAAUGACUUUCAUGCAGAGGAUCAAAAACCUGUUUUUCUACAGCACUGUAGUUAUUCAGCAGAAAAUCUUGGUAGCCCACUAUGAUGCCAUCUGUGAUAAAUAUUUCGAGGGUGGAUGCGACGUCAUCUCGCUUCUUCAGGAAGCAGACAUCUGGCUGUUCAGGUCAGACUAUGUGUUUGAUUUCCCUCGGCCCACCAUGCCAAACAUAGUCUACAUUGGUGGGUUUCAGUGUAAACCUGCCCAACCUCUGCCAGCAGAUCUGGAGGAGUUUGUUCAGAGCGCUGGGGAACACGGAGUGAUCAUCAUGACUCUGGGAACUAUUAUUGAUGCUUUACCCAAAGAGGUGACAAAUGAAAUUGCCAGCGUGUUCGCCAAGUUGCCUCAGAAGGUGAUCUGGAGGCACAAAGGGGAACGACCCUCCACUCUGGGCAACAACACACUGAUCGUGGACUGGAUGCCGCAGAAGGACCUCCUCGGUCACCCACAGACCAAAGUCUUUAUAGCGCAUGGGGGAACCAAUGGAGUCCAGGAGGCCAUUUACUAUGGUGUCCCUGUCUUGGGGAUUCCCUUGUUCUUUGACCAGUUUGACAACCUUCUGCGUCUGCAGGAGAGAGGAGCUGCAAAGAUCAUUCAGCUGGGUGAAGUUAAUGAACACAGGCUUGAACAAGAACUGAAGGAGUUGCUCUUUGAAAAGUGCUACAGAGAGAACAUCCAAAGACUUUCACGUUUGCACCGAGAUCAGCCAAUAACACCCAUGGAUCAGGCCAUCUUCUGGGUGGAAUUUGUCAUGCGCCAUAAAGGAGCUCCCCACCUGCGUACAGAGGCUUAUAAGAUGCCCUGGUACUCAUACUACAAUGUAGAUGUACUGCUAGUACUGCUGACUGCAGUGGCUGUAUCGCUGUACUCUGUUUUUGUCCUUGCCAGAUGUCUGUGCUGCAGAAGUAGAAGGAAACCCAAAACCAAACAACACUGAGAGGUCAAACUUGUGUAGAAAUAUGCUUCAACAGGUUCUCUGAAGAACUGGUGUGUGACCAUUUUAAGUGAGAUUUAUGUUUUAGGAUCUCAUUGGAGUUCGUUUUAAUUUGCCAACAUCUGAUCCAGUCUUAAUUGGACCAAUAGAAUUCCAUAGAAUUCUGUAUUGUUUCAUCACUUAUAUACAUCUUAAAGUGUCUCAUUUUUAAGCCUUUGUAAAAAUAAUGAUCAGACUACGCUACCAUGUAAAAUGUACACUAAAAUAUUUGAAGCAAAAUUCAGAUCACUGUCUCAUCAGAGUUAUAUACUCUUUUGAGUAGUCUCACAUGUGUCACUUUGAUACAAAGGUAAAUGCAUUUUCAUCAUUAUAAAUGGAAAAUUUUGACAUACUAUUGCACCAAAAUCUGUCCUAUUUUCUGAUGUCUCACACGUCCACAUCCCCCUUUCCAAAUCCUGAACUAAUACAAGAAAUAUUGUGCACUGAAAGGAAUAUGUUUCCUCGUAAAAAAACAACAACUAUGAGACCGAAUUUCCACUGGACUGGACAGUAAAAUAGAGUUAAUCAUCUUUUUGGUUCGAUUUUAUAUGGUACUACUUUACCUUUGGAGAAAAUUGAAAGAAAGAACAGAUGUGAUUUUGUACGGACAAUCAGGUUUUGUGGGAAACUUAUGGAUCAUUUGUCUUGCACAUGUUACUCUUUAUAUUUACAUUGAUCUAUGAAAAUCACAUGACUCAGGACGAAAAUACCCUAAUGAGAAAGUCAAACAGCUGCUCCCUUCUCAAAUAGUCUAAAAACAGAUGCCGAGAAAUAACCAGAGGCUUGAGGAGAAAUCUCUCUUUGAUAAAGCAAAAGCUCAUGUGGUUUUUAUUUAUGAGUGAGGUCGAUGAAUCUCAGUUAAAUCACAUUUCAGUUCAUUAUUCAGUGAUAUACUCUGCUUGAGACGGUGAUGAGAAAAGCACAUAUGCAAGCAGGGGGGUGAAUUGAGCCCUGAAACCACAUUAAGUAAUAAUAAUGAUCAAGAAUCAUCGUUGGAUUUGUGUGUGUGGUUUGCAUAACUAAUGCAUGUGGACAUACAUAUAUAAUAGCAUCUGUGUAUAGUCUCCCUUGAUUUUAAUGAUGUAAAUCAUAAAAAAAUAUCUAAAUUUAAUCAUGAGUUGGCAUUAUGUCAAGCAAGUACCUCAUAUCAUUCACAGUAGUUGACAAAACAGAAGCUUAAUUGAGCAAAUCUGCAAAUAUUAGCUAAUAUUUUUUGGGCAACAGCAACAAUCCACUGGUCUUGCAUGUGUCGUCACCAGUACUGCACGUGGCUCAGUCAUGGAGGUUUACCACAGGUGCCAUUCGUUGUCGCUGGCGAAAACGACUUUAACUUAAACAGGCUUUGGAUUGCAAGUGUUACUCUAACACAUUUCAAAUCAGUAACCAUUAUUUUGUAGAAACCCCCCACAAAAAACUGCAUGUAAAUCAAAUUUGUACGACAUAAUGAAACAGUACAAACCAAUAAAUGCUUUGUCUCUGUUGACAUAAGUUUCCACAGUGCAUAUAUUAUAUAUUAUUUGACUACAUAGCCUCAACAGUGUUACACGAGGAGGGAGGAAUUCAAAAAGUGGGAAUACGUUUAAUUGGUAUUCACUUUCAGGUCAAUUGACAACAAUGCACACAGGCUUUUUUUUACAUACAACAUUGUAAUCACUGGAACUUUGUCAAUGAGCUCCAUGAGGCUGCUGUUUUUUCUUACUCCCACACACUCAAACAUCUGGUGUGGAAACAGCCCACUCACAUAAAACAGGUGCUUUGUGUGCACGUCUCUGUCUCAUUGCUAUCAGCGAAUGUAUUUGUGACACACACACCAGCCUUCCUCCCUCAAAUUGUUCUCAUGUCCUGUCUGUCCGUCCCCCUCUCUGUGAUCUCACACCCCUCGUUUCCUUGGAAAAUCCUUCCUUUUAACCUUGGCCGCUGCUGGAUGAUGUCACUUUGCAUGUUCUGUGUUGGAGUCUAGCCGAGGCUGGGCCUUGAACAAAAGCAAUUGUAAGGUUCAAUGCUGUAUGAUGUUAUUGUAGCAGCCAAUUAAAUUAAAUUAACA